AUGCUCCCCCAGACUCUCCUCACCCUGGCUUUGGCCGCUACAUCCUUCGCCAGCCCUCUCGCUCGCGCCAACAGCGCCUGCAAAGAUCCCGUCGUCCGCAAAGAAUGGCGUGAACUCACCAGCGCUGAGAAGGCCGAAUACAUUCGCGCUGCCGUCUGCGUCCGCAACCUCCCCAAGGAGAGAUAUAGCCACAUCAACGCCGUCACAUCCCGCAUGGACGACCUCGUGUACACCCACUUCACUCUCAACACCCAAAUUCACUUCGUCGCCAACUUCCUCCCUUGGCACCGCUGGUUUGUCCAGCUCCAUGAGGAUCUGCUCAAGACCGAAUGUGAUUACAAGGGUGUCCAGCCUUACUGGGACUGGACCAUCGACGCCGACAAGGAAGAUAUGAAGAACUCGCCUCUAUUUGACGCCAAGACAGGUUUCGGUGGUGACGGCCAGCGCACUGAUAGCGAUGUCCCUGGCUUUCAGCGCUGUGUCGUCGAUGGACCUUUUGCCAACACCAACUUGACUCUGGCUAUGGGAUGGCCUGACAUGAACACUCCCGGUGACCGUCUGCACUGCUUCACUCGCGAGUUCAACGGCGGAUUGGGCAGAGACGAGAAUGGUGACCAGAUCCUCGGCGACAUGCAAAUUACCGCCUACAACUCCAAGGUCAUGAACACCAUCUACGGUUUCGACACCUACGGGAAAAUGUCCGAGAUGCUCGAGGGUCUCCCCCACGCUCAAAUCCACAGUAUCAUCUUUGGUGACAUGGGCCCAGCUACUUCUCCCAACGAGCCUCUCUUCUUCCUCCACCAUGCCAAUGUCGACCGUGUUUGGGCCAAGUGGCAAGGACGUAAUGACACCCGUCUAUCUGACUACUCCGGCUUUCGAGUCAGCGAAACAACCAUUCCGGCCAAGAUUACUGAUGCGAUGCCUGUUAUGGAGCUUGCCGAGAGCGAGCCCGUUGUGAAGGAUUAUAUGGAUACUCUAACUGGUCCUCUUUGCUACACCUACUCUGACAUGUAA